AUGGCUAUUAGCAGACUAUCUAUCAUCAAAUUCUUAGAGCUGGCGAUAACAUGUGCAUGCGUAGCGUUACACUAUCACAGUUACAAUAUUGACCCUGAAAUCGGAAUGCUGGUGACGGGAACCUUCAUCGGUUACCUGAUCAUCUUUGCUGGUGCUGCUGCGGGAUACAUAAUGCAAACACCAAGUCACAAGCGUAUUGAUAUCUUCUACUCGCUGAUCGGUGUAUGCCUCUUUGUAGCAAGUGGCGCCGUCAUCAUUGACAGGUUCCAAAACGCAUGGAAGGGUGACUUGAGGGACAAAAACCUUGCCAAAGCUUCACUGGCGAUUAUAAAUGGUGCUCUUCUGCUUGUAGACGCCGUGUUGACACAACGCGGUGGCUAG